GGGCGCUAGUAGAUACUAGAAGCGCCGUUUGAGCUGUGUUCUCUUCUGCGCCACUGCUCCCCGCCGCCGCCGCCCCGCCUCCGCCGCCGCGUCCUCCCCGACGAACUACGGGACCGAGAUCCGCCGGCCUGCCGCCUCGACCCGUGACCCGUCCCCGAGAUGGAGAGGGUGCUCAAGGAUGACGCCAUACAGGAGAAGGGCGAGCGCGCCCGGAUGGCAUCUUUCGUUGGUGCCAUGGCGAUCGCGGACUUGGUCAAGACCACACUCGGGCCAAAAGGAAUGGACAAGAUCCUUCAGUCGACUGGCCGAGGGCGGAGUGUCACUGUUACGAAUGAUGGGGCUACCAUUUUGAAGUCCCUCCAUAUCGACAACCCUGCUGCCAAGGUCCUUGUUGACAUCUCCAAAGUUCAAGAUGAUGAAGUUGGUGAUGGAACAACUUCUGUUGUUGUUUUGGCUGGAGAACUUUUGAGGGAGGCUGAGAAGUUGGUUAACAUGAAGAUUCACCCGAUGACUAUUAUUGCAGGUUACAGAAUGGCUGCUGAGUGCGCCAGAAAUGCUUUGUUGAAGAAGACCAUGGACAACAAAGAUAAUACAGACAAGUUCAGAUCAGAUCUCAUGAACAUCGCCAUGACUACACUUAGUUCGAAAAUUCUCUCCCAGGACAAGGAGUAUUUUGCUGAACUUGCAGUUGAUGCUGUCCUCAGGCUUAAGGGUAGCACCAACUUGGAAUCAAUCCAAAUUCUGAAGAAACCUGGAGGAUCUCUUAAGGAUUCCUUUUUGGAUGAAGGGUUCAUCCUUGAUAAGAAGAUUGGCCUGGGUCAACCAAAGCGAAUUGAGAAUGCUAAUAUUUUGGUUGCGAACACCGCUAUGGAUACAGAUAAAGUUAAGAUUUAUGGGGCACGUGUCCGGGUGGAUUCGAUGUCUAAGGUUGCAGAUAUUGAAGCUGCUGAAAAGCAGAAAAUGAGAGAGAAAGUUGAGAAAAUCAUUGGUCACGGGAUCAACUGCUUUGUCAACAGGCAGCUAAUCUACAACUUUCCUGAAGAACUUUUUGCUGAUGCUGGUAUCCUUGCAGUUGAGCAUGCUGACUUUGAGGGUAUCGAGCGGUUAGCUCUUGUCACGGGUGGUGAUAUUGCAUCUACUUUUGACAACCCAGAGUCUGUUAAGCUUGGGCACUGCAAGCUCAUCGAAGAGAUUAUGAUUGGGGAGGACAGGCUGAUUCAUUUCUCCGGGGUUGCGAUGGGGCAAGCUUGCACCAUUGUCCUGAGAGGAGCAAGUGAGCAUGUGCUUGAUGAGGCUGAGAGGUCCUUGCAUGAUGCCUUGUGUGUGCUCUCCCAGACAGUAAAUGACACGCGUGUCAUAUUUGGCGGUGGAUGGCCUGAGAUGGUGAUGUCCAAAGAGGUGGAUGAACUUGCAAGGAGGACCCCUGGGAAGAAAUCUCAUGCGAUUGAUGCUUUUUCGCGCGCCCUGCAAGCCAUCCCAACAAUCAUAGCCGACAAUGCUGGUCUGGAUAGUGCCGAGCUGAUCUCUCAGCUCCGAGCUGAGCACCACAAGGAGAACAGCACUGUUGGAAUCGACGUCAUCAGCGGCGGGCUGGGAGACAUGCAGAAGCGUGGCAUCUGCGAGGCGUUCAAGGUGAAGCAGGCCAUCGUCCUGUCGGCGACCGAGGCUGCGGAGAUGAUCCUGAGGGUCGACGAGAUCAUAACCUGCGCCCCACGCAGGAGGGAGGACAGGAUGUGAAGAUACCCACGAGCUGUUUUGAUGCUUGGCUACAUAUGUAUGGUUUGCCGAGUUGUGGCUGGGUUACCGUGGGUCCAUGGCUGCUUUGAAGUCUCCAUUUCGAUUGUCGUCGAACCCGGACCCCAAAGCGACUGGAGCUUGUGGGAGUAGCUAGCGUACCGUAGGGGGUGGCUUUGGUUUUCUUGAGUUAUUUUCCACUAGAGAAUAUAGUUAUGUGAAUGCUGUAACCUUGUUUUAACUGCAUCUUUGCAUGCGGAGGCGCUUAUUUCAGAACAUGCAUGCGCUGCUGCAGCUGUGAGUUUUC